CAUUUUUACCUCGCCGCCGAUGCGGUUGUGUCGUCUGUUACCGCUCCCUUGCCAUCUCAACCACCAAAUUUCUCCGGUGUCAGGGGAUUAGCUUUAACAUACCGCUUCCCUCACCAACGACCUAUAAACCGGUUCGAUCUCUGGAGGUCCGGUCACAGCUGAGGUGCCCUAUUGUUUCUCCCGACGACCAUUGGGGGACAUGGACUGCUCUGUUCGCAACUGGUGCUUUUGGUCUCUGGGCGGAGAAGACAAAGAUUGGGAGCCUGGUGAGUGCUGCGUUGGUGAGCACAUUGUUGAGCCUAGCGGCUAGCAAUCUAGGCAUAAUUCCUCAUGAAGCACCGGCAUAUGCUAUUUUCAUGCAGUUUCUGCCAUCUUGCUGCUCCUUUGCUCUAGUUUAGAGCAGACCUGCAGCUGGUUAUGCAGUCCACUGGUACAUUGCUCCAAGCUUUCUUGUUUGGAUCGUAUUACCAAAAUGCAACCCUGAAUUGAUGUUAAUUUUUAUGCAACAGUGUUAUAAUAGUGUGUCAUGAUCUUGGAGGCUAUACCUCUGUGUGUCCAUGUUCUUAUGGGGUGAAAUUUGCAUUUCAUAUAGAAUCCCUGGAAAGUUAUAUUAUGGACAUUAUUUCAGGGGAAAGAAAGUUCAUAUUUGCAG